UCUCUCACAAACUUCAUUUUUCUAAGACUUAAAUAACGCAUACGUACGUAACCCGAGAUAUAUAUUGAUCUUCAUUUUAUAAAUUAAUUACAUACAAUCAUACAUCAUACUCAAAGAAUUUUAAUUAGGCAAUCCUCGAUCUGAUCAUAGAUUUCUUCAUUCAUCUGUGAAAAUAUGGGAAACUGUUGUGAGGCGGCAUCAUCAAUGGAGUGGGACGGCGAGGACUGGAGUGAUUUGACGUCCAAGAAGACAAGAUCAAGAAAGGUGUUUGACGAAGCUCAUGGUCAUGGUCAUGGGUUGAGACUAGGGAAAGUGCAAAAGGAGAAACUAAUGGGAUCGCUAAGAGCUUCUCCUGAUGCCAAUGGGAAGGUGAAGAUAAAGAUUUCAAAGAAAGAGUUUGAAGAAUUGUUGUUGAAGCAAGAACAACAUGUUAAUAACAAGAAGCAACUAGGGAGAGCUUCUGCAGAACAAGUUCUGCUGCGCUUAAUAAACGCCAGAGAUAAUGAUGCUCGUCACAGAUUCUGGACGCCCGUGCUAGAGAGUAUUCCUGAGCUAGGUUAGUUGAUUCAAGAUGGUGCUCAAGGAUUAAUUAAUUGCAUAUAAGUGUAGAUAGAUCCAGAAGAUUUUUUGCAUUGGUAAUUGUACAGACCACCGUGUUAAAUAAGAAAUCCACCAUUUUUUCCCCAAGCUUUUCAUGUAAAAUAAUAGGAUAGAGGUUUGGGGGAAUAUUUGUAAUUCAGUUCAUUAUUUUUCCAAGUGAAUAAGUGAUAUUA